AUGAAAUUCAACACUGCAGCUAUUGCCAUUCUUUCCACCUCUUUGGGACUCUUUGCUAAAGCAGAAAACCGACACAGGGCCAGGUCAUUGACUGAACGAUCCAAUAACCCCAAGCAAACCGAUUUAAGCACAAACGAUCCAUACAUUUGGUUGGAGGAUCUCGAAAGUGAAUCAUCUCAAAAAUGGGUUACUGGUCAAACAAACAGUACCACGUCUACCAUCUUGAACCUCAUUCAGACAACCCCCCCAGACGACGAAUGGCUUGCCUCCUCAAUGCCUAUCGUCGGUGAAGACAAUCCCGGAUAUAGUCGCCAUUUCUCUGUUAUCGGAAACAAUAUCUACGACGUAUCAGGCAGAAGCAACAUGUGGCAGCGCGUCCCAGUUGAAUCUUUUCUGGACUCAACAUCAACUGCACAAUGGGAGGAUGUUUUCAAUAUGACAGAAAUCAAUACAGAAGAGGGGUUGUUUUUUACGGGGGCAGAUUGUAUCCUUCCUGAAGCGCCACGAUGUAUGCUAUCAUUUGCGGGAGACUAUUCUGAUUCUACGGAGAUUAGGGAGUUCGAUGUUGAAACAAAGUCCUUCGUUGAUGGAGGGUUUGUACUCCCCAGAGGAAAACACCUGAUCACGUGGAAAGACAAAGACACUCUUUUCGUCAGUUCACCCACCAUACCAUCUUUUAGAACCAAAGGAGGGUAUUCCCGAGUAUUACGACAAUGGAAACGAGGAACUCCAUUGGAAAGUGCUUCAAUUGUCUUCCAAGGUAACGAGGAUGACUUUGCGGUGGCGGGCGCAUCCUUUUUUAGCGCAGAAGAUGCAACCCCUGCACGUUUCUUGAUGGGUCACAUGGUAAUAUGGACUGGAGGGGACUGGGCUGUAGAUGGCCAAUUCUACAAUGCAGGUUCGCUUCUUGCAAUCCAAUUCGAGUCCUUCUUGAAAGGGGAUCGCACUUUUGAAGUUUUAUUUCAGCCUGACCCUGAGGUUGCCCUUGACAAGCUCUCUGAGCACGGAGGGGACGACUGCCUGGUCUACACCACUCUCGACAACGUGAUCAAUCGAAUGUAUCGUGUCACGGUUGACGUUGCCGGAAGAUGGAAGCAAAUAGAGAUCCAGCUGCCUGGCCAAGGCGCAGCGGAUGUUGUAGGCCACAGCGGCCAAGCAACCUUCUUCACCUACUCUAACUUCCUCACCCCGCAGGGACUUUUCGUGGCCGACAACGAUGGUCGCACUAGAGAGCUAGGAUCCAAUGCGCCCAGCUUCAAUGCCGCUGGGGCCAAAGUGGAACAGUAUUUUGCCGUGUCCAAAGAUGGCACCAACAUUCCAUACUUCAUCAUCAAACCUGCCAACUACGAGGCCAACGGCGACAACCCCACUUUGCUUACUGCUUACGGAGGCUUUGGGAUCUCGACCAAGAACGAAUACGACGGGAGCCUUGGAACCUUUUGGACUUCCCGCGGGGGUGUGGUAGUCCACGCCAACAUUCGUGGUGGAGGUGAGUUUGGACCCGAGUGGCAUCAGGCGGCGGUAAAAGAAAACCGUCAAAACCAGUUCGAUGAUCUGAUCAGCGUAGCAGAAGACUUGAUUGCUCGCAAGGUCACUUCGCCUCAUCGUCUAGGUUUGCAAGGAGGUUCCCAAGGAGGCACCCUCGUGGCUGCCACUGUGUUGCAACGACCUGAUCUGUUUGGAGCGGUGGCUUGCCAUGUCCCUCUGUUGGAUAUGAAACGCUACAACAAGCUGACUAUUGGCUCCAUCUGGGAGGAGGAGUACGGCAACCCAGACACGGAUGACUGGAAGCGCUUUAUGAGUUCCUGGUCUCCUUACCACAACGUGUUCCCUAACAAGAAAUAUCCUCCGAUCUUGUUCCAAACCAGCACGGACGAUGAAACAUGCCACCCUGGACAUACCCGCAAGAUGGUCGCCAAGAUGCAAGCAAUGGGUCAUCCAGCUUACUUUUUGGAAGGUUCAGUGGGCGGACACAGUAGUUCUAUGUUCUUGGGCCAGUCACAAUCAUUUUUGUGGCAAACGUUGAACAAGCAAGAAUUUGAGGAGGAAGACUCGACGACUCUGGUGACGGCCGCCGCCAAGCAACUCCUCCGUGGCAAAUCAGCACUGGUCUCUCCUCAUCACGAAAAGCCCACCAAGGGAACUUCCUCCUCCAAGGCAGAGAUCGACUGGGCCAAGGCACUCGACAAUCUUUCCAAUCGUCUUCAACAAUCUUCCCGAUCGAGCCGUCAAAUGGACAAGAAGGUCUUGCCUGUUGCAUGA